AUGUUCAAAGCUCUAUCCCACGACAUCGCCACCACGAAAAUGUUCAAAGCUCACCGCCACCCCGACGAAGACCCCAGCGCCAGCCAGAUCCAGGCCGCGUACGUAAUGCCCGGCCCAUCCGACACCUUCACCAUCCGCUCCAUCUCCAAGGCGAUCUUCGACGACAGCUCCUACUGGCUCCCCUCACCCGUAUCCAAAAUGUUAGGCUACCCGGUCAAGAUCUGCGUCCUCGACGUGAACGACUACUUCACACGACCUACUGGCCUCGAGUUCCAGGACACGGACUACGGGGAGCCUUACAGCAGAGUCGCAAACCGUUUUCUGACAGACUGCGACGUCUGGAGCGAGCGUUUUGGACAGCCUUGUUGCGGUAGUCUCCACGGUACGGCGCUGCUGGUGUGUGAAGAUGGGAGUUCGCCGGAGUUGGGACUGUUGGAGUGUAUGAAUGCUUAUAUCAGGAAGCAUCUAGUGCUGGUCGAGAAUGAGCUUGAGAGGCUGCGAAAUCAGCUGGAGAAGUUCAAGGAGAGUGCAAAGGAUGUGUUUGGGGGGGAUAAGAUGCGUAUGGCGUGGGAGGAGUGGAAGAGGAACGAAGAGGAAGCGAGGGAAAAGUUGGAGUCUGAUAGGGUGAAGGCGGAAAGGGAGAGUGAUGGCAAUGCGAGAGUUAAAGGUGAAAAGUAG